GCCGCUCUCUGACCCGCAGCCCCAGCGCGCUGCAUGCUGGGAUACGCCGGUCUUCCCUCGGGCGGCGGGGGGCUCGCGGGCACAAGGGGCGCGGACGGCGGUUGGCGCGGCGGGGAGAGCGGAGCGGCGCCCAGCGAGUGACUCUCAGACACGGGUCGACGCCACGAUGCCCAGGAGACAGGCCGCAGCAGACAGCCGGGAGCCCAGAGCCUGCCCCCCCAGGAGCAGGAGCAGGAAGAGGAAGCUUUCUGAGAGGGAGGAGGGCGCCCCCACUGGACAGUCAGGGGAGCUGCAGUCUGUGGACGCAACUACAGAGCCCAGCAGCUCACAGGGGCCUCAGUGCAGUGCUGUUUGGGGGCCAACAGGAGCUGGUGGGCUUAACCAACAUUCAGGACUUCUGACCAAGGACAGCAGGUUCGUGCCUGUGUUCAGGAAACCAAGAGGGAACGCAUCCUCUCUCAGGGGGCAGGUUGUGCAAGUGGAUCGCUCCGUUGCAGACAUCAUCUCGCCAGCCCAUCCAGCUCCGGCAGACCCUACCACCAUGUGUGAAGACUCGGGGGUGCCAGGCCAUGCUUCAGAGAGGGGGGAACAUAUCGAAACAGAUAGCAGUGGGGGACUAAAGCAAGAGUACCUUGCAACAACGCCCCGCCCAGAGGCAGGAGGUCCAGCUGCCCCUCACCGGGGCAAUAGGCUGGAGAACUCUGGGGCUUCCUCCUCUGAAUCCAUGUGCACCCUUCUGUCUGCUCCGCAGGAGGUUGCUGCUCAGGGAUCUGGGGGGGCACAGGAACAGGACCCCAGCCACAGGGCACCUGCACUAGAAGAUAUUUCUGGGGCCACGCAAGGGGGUGCAGGGCAGGAACAUGCCUUUCAUGUGGAAGAGAUGGCGUGCAGGACAGCAGAGGAGGGCUGGUCCACAGCUCCGGGCCCACACAACCUGGCAUUACACACUGAGACACCCGCUGGAGACACCCAGACCAGCCUGACACUCUCGCACCCGCCCCAGCACAGCCACCCCGCGGGGGACGGGCAGGUGGGCGCAGAGCAGCGGGGGGUAGAUGACAAAGAAGCUGGGGUGGCAGAGAGGACUGACCCAGCAGGCUUAGAGAGUGCGCCCCGUCCCGAUGAGGGGAGGGUGGCGAGCCAGCUCGAGGGACAGAGGUGCACAGAGUUGGCAGGGGAAAGAUCGAGCCACUGUCCCAGAGAGACAGGAUACAGAAAAUCCAGGAGGGGCGACUGGGAGUUGGGAGAGAGCAGGGAAGAGCCGGAGGGACAGGCCGAGAUCCACGGGGGCCCGGACUGGAGAAACGGAGCCACAGAAGCAGAGGAGGAAGACCACAGGAAGGAGGAAGUGGAAUCAGCUGGCUUCCUGGUCUACAGGGAGUGGACAUGUCGUUUUGAUCCGUGCAGCGCUGAGCCAGGUGCCGUCGCUCUGGACAGAACCCUGCGAGUGCAGCGCGGCGGUCCCUCUGCAGAGGGGCCAGGAAGCCCAGCCUGCGCCAUCCUGGGAAGCGGGACUGAGGCUGGAGCUGAGCCGGGAAGCUGUAUCACAAUCCCGCCUCUUUUCCUCACAGCGGGAUCUAACCACCUUGUUUCGGGGGGAGUGAAGGUGACCUCUGAAGCCCUCGUUGCAGCUGGGGUUGGAUGGGGCACACCUGACGCCCGUAUGAGGGAGAAAGAUGCGACUGGCAAAGCUGAGCAGAGCAGAGCUGGGGGUACCCCUCAAGACCCUGGCCCAGACUCCUCACCUGUGGCGGUGAUGAAUGUACGCGCCAAGGUCAACCUCACUUUCUCUUCGGAAAUUGGGGUACAGUGCUUCCAAAGAGGGGCGAAGGGCCCCCCUGAUAUCAUGGAGGGCCUAGCCAGGGGGUUCUGGAAGCCCUCCUUCAGCAGAGUGGCGGCGCACAAGCAGGACGUCAGUGAGGUGUAUCGUCUGGAGGACAGGCACCCUGGGAGGAGAGUGGCUCUUGGGCACUCUGGGAAUUCAGGCCUGGUGUCGCCCAGCGCCUGGGAGAACAGCAUCAGCGCUCCACAGGAGGAAGAAGAAACUGGGGCUCGUCCCACGCAAGUGGGAAUCCAGGGAGGACGAGGAAAGCCCCCGUUAGUGUGUGCAAAGAAGCAGCUGUGUUCUCCUGAGCUCGAGGUCCUGCCCGAAAACGCCUGUGAUUUCCCGACCGGCAGCUGGUUCACCGGGGCAGGAGUCACCACCGGCUGUGGAAAAUUCACACCUGAACUAGAGAGGCCAUCCACUGAGUGCCCCCCAGCUGGGGAAGUUGGGGUGCACUCUGCUACUGUAGAGAACCCCCGUCCACAAGCUUUCAUGGAGCUGACAGGUUCUGGGCUCUCCACCACUGAAGAGAUGGACAUGGAGAGGGAAGAAUGGGCAGACGGGGAUCCCCAGGACCCCAGAAACGUGCACACACUCGAUACCACAUUGAGCAGUGGCCCAGAGGCGCCCCCUGGCUGUGAGGAGAGACCUGUGCCUUGCGACUCGGAGUUAAUCGAGUACUGCAGCACUCAGGACUGCCCAGAGUUACAGAGCCCCAGGACCAUCGCUGCAAGCUGCCCUGAGCCUGGGCCUGACCCAGCCUGCAGCCGUGUCAGCUCACUGCCUGACCCCCUCUUGGAAGACAUGGCUCUGUGUGAGAUAAGGACUACCCCAGACCCUCCCAGGGAGCUUGAAGACGCCACGGAGCGGGUGUGCGGAGUAAUUGCCGAGCUGUCGCAGCUGAAUCGGCUGGUGAUGUCCGCCCACCGGGAGAUGGAGGGCGUGAGGCUGGCUUUGAGACGCAGACAGCAAAGUUUGAGAAUGACCAGCAGGAGGGGAGCGUUUGGGCUGCUUCACUCCUAGAAUUGCAGUAGAGCAGAGCGCACCCUCAUCUCUCCCCGAGAGUGAGCACAACAUGGUUUCCGCUCUCUGAGACAGAAUUUAAUAUACCCCCUCUCUUCCUCUCCCCAAGACACACGGCACACUCUCCACUCCUCUCAAGACACACGGCACCAUCUCCUCUCCCAAACUCCUCUCCUCAAGACACACAGCACACUCUCCUCUCAAGACACACGGCACCAUCUCCUCUCCCCAAGACACAAGGCACAAUCUCCUCUCCCAAACUCCUCUCCUCAAGACACACAGCACACUCUCCUCUCCUCUCAAGACACACGGCACCAUCUCCUCUCCCCAAGACACAAGGCACAAUCUCCUCUCCCAAACUCCUCUCCUCUCUCCUCCCCAAGACACACAGCACACUCUCCUCUCCCCAUGACAGAUGGAUCUUGACCAGCUCUUGAGUUGUACUGGAAUCUGUUUUCCUCCAGGAGCCCAUUGUCCAGGUAUUAGUUAUUGUUUGUUGAUUGUUCGUGAUGUUUGAUAAUUGGCUCAUUUGAAAGAGAAGUGGCUUGGUACUCUAUUACCGUCAUGAGUGAUUAUUGGGUUGUUGAUUAUUAACAGAUUUCAUUGUUCCCUACUCUCUUUACACAGAAGCUGUUAAAAAUAUCUCUAGUGGUUGUUAAUUCAUGAGUUAAGGUAAAAAAUAAACAUAAUAAAGCUUUUUUAUGUUAGCUAGGA